AUGUUUGAAAGAUUCCUUUUAUUAGAAGACUAUGUUUACUCAACUAUUUCCAAGUGUGCAAAUCCAACAGAUAUGCUGACUUCUGAAGAAAUGACAGUUUUAAAAGAACCAGUCCUAAUUAUGAAAUCUAUUGAAUUCGCAAUUACCGAAAUAAGUGGUGAUUCCUAUCCAACAUGCAGUGUGCUAAUUCCUAUUAUACAUUGCAUGACUCAAGCUAUUAAUAAUGUAACGGUUCAGACUGAUAUUUGUCAACAAUUCCAGCAACAUUUACUUGAUGAAAAUGAUUCCAAAUUUAUGAAAUUAGAAGAUUAUUCAUUAUUAACCACCUCGACAAUAUUUGAUCGUAGAUUUAAAAGAAUUCAUUUUAAUAGUGCAUUAGCAGCUUCAAAAGCUAUUUCUGAAAUGAAUAAGAUGAUUAAAAAAAUUUCAAAAAAAAAAGAUCGUUUUCAAACUAAAGUAGAAAAAACAUCAACUCCUAGUGAUAGCUUCUGGAGCUUUCAUGAUUAA